AUGCCUAGCCACAUUGGGCCACUCCUGACAUCCAGGGUUGCUCAAUACUCCCUCCAUAUACGACAGCAUUUGGCCAUCAAAUUCGCCACUCAUGCCACAUUAGUAUUGCAUUCAAAUUACAACAUAGCCUAUGCCAAUGUAUUAGACAGCUAUGCAACUGUACAAGAAAAUAUUUUGAUAGAUUUUAGUGGUUUAGUUUUCAACAGACAAAUCCUCAUUCAGGUCGUUGCCGCUCUGAAUCGCUACGCUUGUAACUGCAACGGCUUUUCCAACAGAUGCGUUUUCGACAAGACCCUUUACGAAAAAACUGGUCACGGAGGACAUUGCAUUGACUGCAGCCACAACCGAGACGGGGCUAAUUGUGAACGAUGUAAAGACAAUUAUUACCAAGAUAAGGAAACUCUUGCUUGUGUCUCAUGUAACUGCGAUGAAACAGGUUCAAGAAGUUUACAAUGCAACAGUGAAGGAAAAUGUGAUUGUAAACCUGGUGUUACUGGUGACAAGUGUGAUCACUGUGCUGCUGACUAUUAUGACUUUGGUGCUGCAGGGUGUAAAGAAUGUAAUUGUCUUGCAGCAGGAAGCUUAGGAAAUGAACCUCACUGUGACCAAGUUCAUGGAAACUGUCUUUUUGUCAUUGAAAACACGUUUGCAAGAAAUGCAGAGCGGUGGACUGCUCAGACCAAGUUCCAGAAACCAGUGAAUGUACAGUAUGAUUCACUCACCCAAGUCAUUUCUGUAGCUGCUACUGAUAAAGAACCAGUUUACUUUUUAGCUCCAGAAAGGUUCCUUGGAGAUCAGAGAGCUGCUUACAAUCAGGAGCUAGAAUUUAAGUUGAGAGUUAAUGAAAGAGGCGUUGCUUCAAUAAAUGAUGUGAUUCUUGAAGGAAACGGUAUCCAAAUCUAUCAGACUAUUUUUGGACAAGGGAAUCAACAACCUGAUUCACAACUCAUUGGAGAGUCAAGGCUUCCAUCAGUCGGAGCCGCCAGUCUUCUCUGUUCUGUGCUGCUGCUUUCCAAUUUCUUACACCCAGCAGCUUUUGAGCAUCUAUUCCCAUGCAUCUGUACACCCUGAAUUGGAUUUCUUGAUGAUGUCAAAUUGGGUACAGCCAGGAGAGGUGCUGCUGGUCAGCCUGCAGGCUGGAUAGAAAUCUGUACUUGUCCUAAAGGCUAUAUUGGACAGUAUUGUGAAUCAUGUGCUGCUGGAUACAGGCAUGAUCCACCAAAUGGUGGACCUUUCUCAGUGUGUGUUCCUUGUAAUUGCAAUAAUCACGCAGAAUACUGUGACCCUGAAUCAGGUUAG